AUGGCUGCUGUUGCUCAAACCUCAUUUCGCCUGUUAGAGGUAGAGCGUAGUUUGGCACCCGGACUCGGCAGGCUUCAGACGUUCGAUGCUAGCAGCCUUGCGUUGGCCCACGGGCACGAGGGCCACGGACUUUCUUUCUGUCUAUUCCGAAUUUCACCGUCUCUUCUAUGCUCCUUUCACUCAUCGUGGCAACAUAAGACAAAGGAAGUGCUGGUGUCAUCUCGCCGCACAAAUGUACAUGCACACAGACAGACAGACAGACAGGUGCUGCCUGCUGCAAGAAUAUACAAAAAACAACAGCACACGGUGACAACCGUUCAGGUUUUUAGGCUCGUUGCCUGCGUGGCCCCUCGUGCUGCUGGUCGUGGACGGCCGCCCUUCUACUAA